AGAGAGAUCAGUCGAUCGCUUCCACUCUUCUCUCAAAACCCUAAUACGAACCCUCACCCCCGAGCUUUAUCACAAUCUGCUUCCCCGCUCUUCUCCUCCUCCUCCUCCUUUCUCUGGUCCGAUGGCGGCGAUGCUGCAACCCCAGAUCAUUCUUCUCAAGGAGGGCACGGACACCUCGCAGGGGAAGGCGCAGGUGGUGAGCAACAUCAAUGCCUGCACGGCCGUAGCCGACGCCGUCCGCACGACGCUGGGCCCCCGGGGAAUGGACAAGCUCAUCCACGACGAAAAGGGCAGCACCACCAUCUCCAAUGACGGCGCCACCAUCAUGAAGCUGCUUGACAUCGUUCAUCCUGCCGCCAAGAUUCUUGUUGACAUUGCUAAGUCACAGGACUCCGAGGUUGGUGAUGGAACCACCACUGUAGUGCUUCUUGCUGGUGAGUUCUUAAAGGAGGCAAAACCUUUCAUUGAAGAUGGGGUCCACCCUCAGAAUCUUAUUCGAAGUUACCGAACUGCAUCCUUUUUGGCCAUUAACAAAAUCAAAGAAAUUGCUGUAAGCAUAGAGGGGAAAAGUCUUGAAGAAAAGAAAUCCUUGUUGGCAAAAUGUGCUGCCACAACACUCUCAUCAAAGCUAAUUGGUGGUGAGAAGGAAUUCUUUGCAUCCAUGGUUGUGGAUGCUGUCCUUGCUAUUGGCAAUGAUGAUAGGCUUAAUUUGAUUGGGAUAAAAAAGGUCCCUGGGGGUAACAUGAGAGAUUCAUUUCUUGUUAAUGGUGUUGCUUUCAAGAAGACAUUCUCUUAUGCUGGUUUUGAGCAGCAGCCAAAGAAAUUUUUAAAUCCGAAGAUCCUUUUGUUGAAUAUCGAACUAGAAUUGAAGUCGGAGAAAGAAAAUGCAGAAAUCAGAUUAUCCGACCCUUUACAAUAUCAAUCAAUUGUUGAUGCCGAAUGGAACAUUAUCUAUGACAAAUUAGAUAAGUGUGUUAAAAGUGGAGCAAAAAUUGUCCUCUCCCGAUUGGCCAUUGGUGACCUUGCAACUCAGUAUUUUGCAGAUAGAGAUAUUUUCUGUGCUGGUCGUGUGACGGAGGAAGAUUUACUACGUGUAGCUGCUGCAACUGGUGGAACUGUCCAGACCUCUGUCAACAAUGUUAUAGAUGAGGUUCUUGGAUCCUGUGAAGUGUUUGAGGAAAGACAAGUAGGCAACGAAAGGUUUAACAUUUUUAAUGGAUGUCCUUCUGGUCAGACGGCAACCAUUGUUCUCCGAGGUGGUGCAGAUCAGUUCAUUGAUGAAGCUGAAAGGAGCCUUCAUGAUGCCAUUAUGAUAGUGAGGAGAGCUUUAAAGAACUCCACCAUUGUGCCUGGUGGUGGUGCUAUUGAUAUGGAGCUAAGCCGAUAUUUGAGACUGCAUGCACGCACAAUAGCUGGAAAGUCACAGCUAUUUAUCAAUUCAUAUGCCAAAGCUCUUGAGGUAAUUCCACGGCAACUUUGUGACAAUGCUGGAUUUGAUUCAACUGAUGUACUUAACAAACUCAGACAGAAGCAUGCAUCUGGCGAAGGUGCAAAUUUUGGUGUGGAAAUCAAUACUGGUGGAAUUGCUGAUUCUUUUGCUAACUUUGUAUGGGAGCCUGCAGUUGUCAAGAUCAAUGCUAUAAAUGCUGCAACUGAAGCUGCUUGUCUCAUCUUAAGUGUGGAUGAAACUGUGAAAAACCCAAAGGCAGCCUGUAUUUAUAAUAUAAUACCUCCAACCAUAGCAAGCUUGUUGGCAGGAAAGCAUCCAUUCUCACCUCAGAUAAUUGCUGCUUUUGAUAGUGCUCGAGCUAUGUCGACUUGUCUAUUGAUAUACACUGGAGUAGAUGGCCAGAAAUAACAAAGAUGUUCUAGAUUUAGUAUCAAUUUUUUAUUUCUUACUCUAUUUUUCUUGUUCGUGUUUAUGGAACUUGUGCUUCGUUUCUCUUGUUGGUAUUGCCAUAGAGCCUAAAUCUAUCAAGUCGUAUGUACUCCCUGUUGCAUGUUUAGUUUAAGUUCUCUGGCCAACCUCAUUGAACUGGUCUUCUGCAAACUUAAAUCUUGGUGCAUUGUGUUAAAUAUUUUACAGUAGAUUGAAUGUAU